UACAAUUUUCAUCUGACAAUGGUUUUUCCAGAGGCUGAGCUCCCUGUAAUAGAUAUUUCUGUUCUUCAAUCAGAGUUAAGAGAAGGUGAUCCUGAACUUCAGAGGCUGUGCAAUCAAGCAAAAGAAGCUGCCCAACAGUGGGGAGCUUUUCGUGUGGUGAAUCAUGGAGUCGAAAAGGAGCUUCUAAACACAGUGGAUUCAGUUUCUCGAGGUCUUUUCAGUCUUCCACCCCAAGUAAAAGAAAGAGCCGUUUGUCUUCCAUUUGAUGGGUAUUCGAAGGGCGUUGGUCUUUCAUCUGGCGAGGCCAUAUGUUUCCUAGAAGUACAGGCUUCUGAUUCGAUUCAGCAAUAUGCACAAAAGCUAUGGCCCCAAGGAAAUCCUGAAUUUUGUGAUAGCCGAAGAACAUACAGUUCCAAGUUAGCUGAUCUGACAAAUUCCCUAAUAAAACUUAUCCUUCAAGAUUUGGGUGUGAUGACAAUUCUAUAUAAUGACCAAGUGGCUGGUCUUGAAAUGCGCUCUAAACAAGGUGAAUGGUUCACUGUAAAACCUCUUGCUGGAUCAUUCACUGUCAUCAUAGCCAAUGCUCUAAAGAUAUGGAGCAAUGAUAGAUGUUGGAGUGUGGAGCAUCAUGUAGCAUUUGAGGGGAAGGAGCAUCAUCUUUCUAUCAGUUUCUUCUGGAAUUUUUUGAAGGAAAAAGAGGUGAGUGUACUAGAGGAGCUCAUAGAUGAACACUAUCCACAUCGUUAUAAACCCUUUCUUUUCAAAGACUAUAGAAAUGCUCGAGUCCAAGAAGCUCCUCUUGACAUUUUUAUUUAGAAUUUAGUAAUUUAACAAAAAAAAAUAUAAUUAUUUAUUGUUUUUAAGUAUGAAUGGAAUGUAAAUUUGUUGUUGAUUUCUUGUUGAGCUAUUUAAUAUUUAGUAAUAGGUGUCACGUAGUGGUAUAGUAUUUAUUUUUGAAAUAUUAUAAUGUGAAAAUCCGUUUUAUCUUGCGAUGUUGUAUUUUUCAGAAUGAUAUUAGUGAAUAAACUACUAGCUAUCAAUGAGAAAGUGCUUGCUUAGUGUAGUGCCCUCCCCUAUCCAUCUUAUGUGAUUAAAUCUGUUAGAUAUUAUGGGCUUGAAUGUUUUCUUGAUACUCGUUGCUUCCUGUUUCAUUCUUGAUAAUUGAAAUUCUCUUUAAUAAUAAGAGCUGCAAAGCAGCGAAGUUCCUACCUAAGAAUGCAGGGACUGAGUUUGCAGAAAUUGUGUCUUUAAUGGUAUAGGCCAAUGUAUUGAAGUUAAAGCUGAAAGUAUGUUGAACAGAACUGAGUGGGAAAGAAAAAACUGAAUUAAAAAUGAAAUACAAUUGCACGGGAAGGAUAAAGAUACAAGACGAUUCAAAUGUGCCAAGCUAUUCAUGGGAUGAACAUCCUUAACCUUAAAGACUAAACAAGAGUCUUUGGUAAGAUACACUCUUACAUUGUUUCGUGCUUGUAUAUAUGUAAAUACACUUGCAUGGCGUUAAAGACAUUUAGACCAGAGCAGAGAAAUGCCAAAGGAAACAAAGGUGUAUGGAUUUGUUGAAAGGCCCUAAAUUUUUUUAGACAAAUGCAAGAGGUAGGUGUAAAGCCAGAGUCGAUUACACCUCUCAUAUCAUUCCAAAAAAACAGGGUAUGGAUAUACUUCAAAACAUAAUGGAAACGGGAUUGUUGUCAAAUGUUGUAGUUGUCAAUGCCCAGGUACAUAUCUAUGCAAAAUGUGGGAGCAUAAAUAGGGUACGUGAACUGUUUGGAAAAAUGCCUCAAAAAAGGUAAUUAAGGUGAUUACUUGGUAAUCUCCCCUCUGUAGUUUCUGCUUAUGCAAACUGGGGGCUUUGG